AAAAGCAGAGAGAUCGAAAUCGAGAGAGAGGAGAGAGAGAGAGAGAGAGACACUCAAGCUGUGUUUGGUUAAACUUUGAGACACAGGAAUCGAAUGGAUUUCUCAGAGCAAGAAGUAGACUUGUUCGGAGACGAUGAAGAAGAAGAAGAUUACCAAAACGGCGACGAUCAACAGCAGCAACAACAACCAGCCAGAGAACCAAACGAAGAAGAAGAGGAGAGCCGCCGAUCUUCUUCGGCCUCCUCCUCCUCCUCCUCCUCGGCCGCGGCGUCUUCUUCCUCUGCUUCGUCGUCCAACCGGAGCAGCGGCAGCGGAAGUGGGAGCGCAAGCGGCGGAGACGACGACGACGAAGAUAAUAAUGAUAAUGGAGGAGAAGUGAGGUCUGGCUAUUAUAGUGUUGAAAAUGAGGAUAAGGAUCUAUUUGGUUCUGAUAAUGAAGAUUACUGCAAAACCCUUGCCACUAGUCCUUUCGUUGUGCCUGUUCUACCGACCGUACGAAAUCCUAACCACCAUACCAGAGGUGGUUUUGGGCGUGGCCGUUGGCAAAAUGAUCGAGGAGCCGGCCUCCUUCCUCGACCCGGACCUUAUCUCCAAAGGCAGAACUUCGGUUAUGGCUCCAAGUUCUAUAAUGGUCGUGAUGAACGCUUUGUCUCUGAAUUAAAGCUUUCAAAAAGUGAAGAAACAUUAUCUAGGAAAUGCAUAACUAUCCAAGAGCCAUGUGAACUUGCUUGCUACAGUAGGGUAGAAGGUGGAGAUGUAUUCUUUGAUGACCGCAGCUUGAGGCUUUUCAAGCGGCUUAUUUCUGAAGAUGUUGGAGCUGACCUGAAUGAAGGGUUUGAUACUUUUAUCGAGAAGAAAGAUUUGGGGUCUCAAGGUUUUGGCGACCUUCUUGCUUGUGUAAGAGAUAAAAAGAUCCCACUUGAAAAUAUGCAUUUUGUGACAUAUCGUAACAACCUUAAUAAGAUAUUGGCUACUGCUUAUGUCAGGCACGAACCUUGGGAAAUGGGGGUGCAUAAAAGGAAAGGGGUUGUGUAUCUUGAUGUUCAUAAACUACCAGAACGUCCUCAAAGUGAGCUGGAUCGUCGGAGAUGUUAUUGGGGAUAUUGUUUUGAGAGCCUUGCCACUGAAGAUCCUAGCAGAGCUGAUGGAGAAGGGAUACAUCAUGUUGAUGCUAAUGUUGAAUUUUGUUCUGUAUUAAAAACCAAAUUAGGCGCUCAUCGUGUUUUGAUGGGUGCUGAAAUGGAUUGCUGUGAUUCAACUGAUGAUGGCAGGAGGUUUUAUGUGGAAUUAAAGACAAGCCGAGAGUUGGAUUAUCAUACUGAGGAAAGAUUUGAGAGGGAAAAAUUGCUCAAGUUCUGGAUUCAAUCAUUUUUAGCUGGGGUGCCUUAUAUUGUCAUUGGAUUUAGGAAUGAUGCAGGCCGACUUGUCCGCACGGAGAGACUAAGAACCAAAGAUAUUACGCAGAGAGUAAAAAUGAAGAAUUAUUGGCAGGGAGGAGUGUGCCUGGCAUUUGCCGAUGAGGUGUUUUGCUGGCUCUAUGGGACUGUCAAAGAGAAUGAAGACUACAUAUUGCAGUUUGCUCCACCUUUCAACCGUCUAGAGCUUCUACAAGCACAGUCUUGCCCUGCUGAAAUUACCAACCAUGUUGAGCAGUUAUAACCAUCAACGGAAACCUGCAAAUUAUACAUGAUUUGAGGGGAGGGGGUGCUUAAGAGAUUAGAUUAGGUUAUAUGCAAUUUUCAUUGUAACUUGAUUAAUAAACAAGAAAUGUAGCUCCCUGAACUCUUUGAGAGAGAAUUAUAAAUUUGAACUGAGUUCUUCUUCAACUGUCACCAUGGCUAUUCAUGAAUUACUUUUGGUGAAUGAAAGCAGAUUUUACUUUGUACAGUUCCAAUUGUACGGGAAACAAUGUUAGUCAAUAGUAAUCAUCCUUCGCUUUGUGAGUA